AUGGAUGAGGAAGACGAAUAUUAUGAAAUCAAAAAGAUCAUCAAGCGAAAGAUGCGAAAUGGGAUGGUGUUUUUCUUCGUCGAAUGGAAGGGAUGUGGGCCCGAGAAGAAUUCCUGGAUCCCUGAAGAAGCUUGUCGAGGCCAUGAGAGCGCCGUGGAGUUUAUCGCGAGGAAUUCGAAGGUCUAUUCCUGUGAGGAAGAACUUAUUUCUGAGAAGUACCCGAAGGUUGCCGCCCACAUUUCGCAGGGAAUUGAGCCCCCGCUCGCCGUGCCUUGCUGUGCGUCUUCGAUUCCUGGAAUUGCCGAGUCUGUUGCAACCUCGGAGGCAGCUACCGUUCGGAGCGACGACCCAACGCCCGUUGUGAGCGAUGCGGAGUCUGAUACCGGUCCUCUGCUACCACCACCGACUCCACCAAUUCUGACAGCUCCGGUGGCGGUGGUCGAAAAUGUGAAUCGAGAAGACCUGGAUCCAAGGUUACGUCGCCGAUCGCCCUCUUCGGAUAGCGGGCCGAACUCUGUGGAUUCGGUGGCUGCAUCUGCCGGAUCGUUGGAUUCCACCAAUACAGCGAGUGAAUUGUUGGCGCAACCUCCGAUUCCACCAGUUUUACCGCCACCCGGCAAAACGUCACUUCCAACGCAGCCGAACCCGCCAUUCUCGACACCAUUUCAAGUGGAACCUCAAUUCAGUCCGCCACCUUCGCUACCCUUCGAAUCGAGGCCUCAAUUCCAUCCUCCAUCUCCGUUGCCCUUUCAAUCAAGGCCGCUCUUCUACCCGCCAUCGCCGCACUCUGAACAACCACCCAUCCGAGACGACAACCAGCAUCAAGGCUUUUCUCCACGACUGGAUCUCUCGAUACCGAUUGAGACGAACAUCGAGAUCGCGGAUCCUCGCCUGAGAAAUACAUCAUCCUCUUCUACAGUGGUCCCUCGACCCCCGAUCCAGUCUGUUGCAAGACAGGCCGCUCAACAUCUACCGGCGGGUAUUGCCUCGGACCCGGCAUCUGGCGUUGAUAGACAUGCUGAAGCUGUUCGACAGUCGAAUGUUGCUGAUCGUCGUAGCGCCGGACCGGCUCCAAUAAAACCGCGAGAGCCUGUUGCCGGGUCUAGCCGCGCAUCUAAUCGUGAGCCCGGUGUUGAAGACUUCUCCGAAAAUCGGAACCUUAAUCCCGCACACGAUACACUGAAUUCGUCCACAGACAGUGCUGAUAGACCAUCGACUUCUCACGCAGCUGAUAUGGACUAUGAAGAACCCGAUGCCGACUACGAUGCGGAGUACAUAGACCCAAGCCGCCCUGCCCCUAGGAUAGCCCAUUCGCGGAAAUCCGAUGACUCGGCUCCACCCGCGAGAAUCCAGCUUGAACUUCGGCGUCAAACAGCGCCGGCUCCUGUCGGAAAAAGUGCCGGUCCUCCUCGAUCGCAUGCUGCCUCAUUGGCCAAGCAAGCGCCUGCCAUCCCCAGGUCUAAGCCCACAAUCCGCACCACCCAUCAACCACGCUAUUCCGUCGAUCAGUUUGAAAGCAACGGCGUAUAUAAGCUUGGACAAAAGGCGGUGAAAAAGCCUAUGGCUGCGGAAAAUCGCCCCGCUCCUCCACCCCCACCCGUUAGGCCGGUUCCGCGGCUGCCGGACAAGCCACCCCCGCCGGACAAGGCAAAGGCACUCCAGCUGAACAAGCCAAAGGCUGUCGCCAUGAAGGACCCACUAGCCUUGUCGAAAUCGGCGGCGAAGCGGAAGCCUCCGCCCCGCUCCGACCACACCAGAAUCCGUCCGGAACGAGUUCCCCAAAAGGGCACCACCCUAGUUUCGCCGAACAAGAUUAAUAGACAAAGCACUUCUGACAUGUUGGCUGAGGUUGCCUCGAAAUCACCGGAUAAGCGGGCUGAUCAAGCAAGACCCAGGCCGUCUGCGCCAGUCGACGUCUCUAAACCAGGCACUUCACAGAGUUCCGCCCCUAUAUUCACCAAACGAAUUCCACCUGCAAUCCCUCGAAAGCGUCCGGAGCCUCAAAAUGAUUUACAGAAAAAGAAUAUUGCCCCGCGCAACUUGGGUGAGCGGUCAGUGUCACGGGAUACCUCAAUUUCGACUGAACGCGAUAGAAGUCUCGACACCGACCGAAGCAACUCUUUGCCGAAGAAAAAAAAGAAGAAGGAUCGGCCAAGCAACAGCCCGAUACGGAGUGAGACGGAGAUGCAUAAAAAGAACAAGGUCAAGACUGUAGUUGCCGAUAGCCGUUCUGAAAAGAUACACAGCUCCAGUGAGGAUAGCGAUAUCGAGCCCCGCAUAUGUCCGCAGAAACUUAUCCCUGCAUCUGAUAGUGAUGAUGCUUUUGAAGAGAACCUAGAGCAGUCCACUUCAAGCAAAACAAUAAACCAGAUCGACAAACCAUCACCGCCGCAUCCCGCUGAAGGGGAUUCGAUUUCUGAUGGCGAGCUGGAUUCAGAUGAAGUUUUGGCCAAGACGUCAAGAAAAUCCAGGCAUAUGGAAGCAAAGCGACUCGAGGAAAGGCAGCAACAGCAGGAAAAGAAAGAGGAAAGGGACAGAAAGAAGAAGGAAAAGCAGGCGAAACGGAAGCAGCAGAUCGAGGAACGGCAAGCCAAGGAAGAUGCAGCUAGAAUAAAACGUCUAGAGGCGGAGGAGGAGCGGCUGAGGGCGGAAGAGCCGAUUGAUCUCCUGGAUAUGGGAGAUAUCCCUUCAGAAAACGUUGUAGAGAAUGACCAACUUUACGAUCCACGUGCAGCGCCCCCUCGGCCAUCGGAAGAGGGACCUGAAAGAAGUCACGCCGCAGAGCCCGGCUUUCUCAAACAUUGUAUUCAGAUAAAGGAAAUUAUACAUCUUUUGGAGUACGAGGGGGUCAAAUGCGCCGUAGCCACAUAUCCGGACACCACGGCUUGUCGCCUUAUUCCCCUCGAAAUGCUGAAGAUUGGCAAUCCGGCGGCAUACUUGCGCGCCCUUCGUCUCACA